GCACUUUUUUUGAUAAAAACUAUGUUUUUUAGUUUCUACUUUCUUAGUUUUUUGUUUCUUUGUAUGAAGAAUAUCAUAUAAUGCAAAGGAAGUGAAACUUGUAUCUAAAACUAGUGCGGAUUGUAGAUGUCCAGAAAGAUGUCCAUUUGAGCACGAUUCAAGUGCUCCACUUAAAUCGUUUCACCGCCAAUCGUCUAUAAAAUAAAACGCAGGGAGUUCAAAUUUUGGAACAUCAGUUAUUCAUUAGGCUCUAUUAUUUUGUAACAUGCACGAUUAAAUUUAUACCACUAAUUCACGCGUUACACGUUCGCGUCACGUACUGUGAAGAGAUCGAAAUGAAUUGUCGAAAUCUUCGAAUGACCGGGAGCGAAUCGCUGGCAUUGGCCGAUAGUCAGACUCGAUCAGCGACGUGGGCCAUCGAGCAACAGUCAUACAUUGCAAUCAUCGUGUUAGGUCGAAGGGAAACAAUUUCCCGAACGAUCGUGCGUAAAGGAAUGAUAGAAACUGCCGUUUUGUUACCGCAAACCAUGAGUGACGCAUAAACUUCCCAGCGGAAAAGGUUUCGGAAUCAAGACUCUCUUGCGUAAAGAUUUGAAAUUAAUACCGCUUCAAGAUGCAUUGUAAAACAGUGUGCUUAUAAGUGUUGAAGAAGGUAGCACGCUAAGUGAUUGAAUAAUCUUUGAAGAAAUGUAUGUGAGCUUAAAGAGAAAAAAUGUUUUAGAACGUGUAUCUGGAUUUAAAAGCUAUCAAUGUAAGUUGCUGUCAAUAUGUAUAUGUCAUCAAUCAAUUCCUUUGCAGCCAACUGCUUGCUUCUUUAUUUGAUCAGUUCAUUUUGUAGCAGAGCCGAAAAGUCAGACCGGAUCCCUUACAAAAUCAACGAUCCUGCACAUUAUCAAUUUCGAUCGAUACAGACAGAAUCAGUUUCUUCGGAAGAAGAGUUCCAGUCCAAUGUUCCAAAACGUUCACAAUACAAUGUUUAUCAUCCUAAGCAUAAUUUGAUGCAACCUCGGGUACUUAUUAAGGAUCACUACUCUGAAAACAAUGUGAAGAAAAAUAUAGCAAGAUCCAUGCCAGAAUAUGAGUUAGAAGAAAUUUUACAGACCGUAAACUAUAAUUCUCCCUCCAAAUUUGUUAGAAAUAAAAAAAUUCCUAAAAAGGAAAAUGCUGCACAAUUGGAGCGCAAAGAGACUCGAGAAAUUGACGAAGAAAUAAUGAAAAAAAUGAGCUUGCUAGACAAAGUAUUAUCCGAAGAUACCGACAAGAAUGACAUCGAGAUAAAGAACACCAUUGAAGACGAAAUCAUUGCGGAAAUGAACAUCUCUGAAGAGACAAAAAGGGUUGUCAGGCAAAUUCGUAAGCAGCGGCCCGGAUUCUUUUGGACCUUGGCAAGGCUUGCUUUCGAGACGUUCAAUGAUACGCGAUCGGCGAUUAAACAAAUUAGUAGUAUUAUUAAUCAAAAUAUCGAACCGGAUCCAACUACACGACGACCAAUCAACAGUCAUCAUUCAUUGACAGUCGCCAAUACAACAACAGUUGCACCGAUGAAUGAACAGAAUAAUACUUCCAGUGACAUGGUAGGCGUUAACACAACGACGACCUCGACCACACAAGCACCUUUCAGACUCACACCAACCAAUCUGCAAAAUUUGAUUAGAAGAAAUUUGCGUGGUUUAGUGAGACUCUUCAAUAUUGAAUGGCAGGAGGCUCUGAAUCAAUCAGACAUAACUGUAAAGGAAUUUCAAAAGAAUCUUGGGACUCAAGUGGGCAGUUUCCUACAAGACAACCCAAACGCUUUUUAAAAGCAAUAAAGAUAACAUCACGAAGAAGAAUUGAAUAGAUAAAAUAAACAUCUCAAAAAGUUCCGAACUGAAUACAAUAUAAUAAUUCAAUUA